CUCUGUUGUUCACAACUUACACGUAUGUUCAUGCAUUUACUGAAGGUUUAAACAUCAAAAAGCUAUGUCAAUUUGCCACCUUUUUUGCAGCUAUUAUGUAACUUUUGUUGAUGUUCAAUUUAACUUCAGUUAGUGUAUGUUUAAUCAAAGCUGAAGCCAGUUGUCUAAUCAAGUUUAGCUUAUGCCAUGCCUUUUGUCAAACCUUAGCACAUGUAGCUUGCUUGCUUUAGAACCAAACUUCAAAAAAAUUAAUAGAAAAAAUAAAAAUAAAACUCUGGAUUUGAGCCUAAGUUGACAUUUCUGGAAGAUUAUUUCUCCUUCACUCAAUCGAAAGUUCGAUUUUUUUUUUUAAGGUCUUUUGCUGUUAAAACCAGCAAUAGACAUUUAGAAUGUGCAGUGCUCAUGUGACAGAUUUGAUUGCUUUAUAGUUUGCUUGGCAAUUAAACUUUUUGUAUUGUCUUUUCUCUGCUUUUAGCCGAAUUCUGUAAAAAAUGGAAGCAGAAAUGAUGUAUACAGCAAAAGAGAAAACCGCGCGAAGCAUACUUGUUAAUAAACCAAAUCAAGCCAUUGUGAUUAUGAUUGCAAGUAGUGUUGGAAUCGUGUUCGGCUUUUUCAUUGGAGUCUCCUUUCACACACUUCCAUUAACUAAGAUAAAUAUCAGUUCGGUUAUUCUCCAUGGUCCUGAAAACAGAAUCGCGAACGAUAUAACAAAGAUUUGGGUGCCGACAAAUCCGAGAGGCGCCGAGAGAUUGCCUUCAGGUAUUGUUGCAUCCGAAUCGGAUUUAUAUUUACGCAGAUUGUGGGGCCUACCUAGACAGGACUUGGACAAUAAGCCGAAAUAUCUGGUGACUUUUACUGUUGGUUAUGAUCUAAGGAACAAUAUCGACAAGGCAGUGAAAAAGUUUUCAGAUAAUUUCACGAUUGUUUUGUUUCAUUACGAUGGGAGAACUACCGAAUGGGACGAUUUCGAAUGGUGGUACGCGAAAAGAUUUCUACAUCCGGACAUUAUAGCCCCUUAUGACUAUAUAUUUGUUUGGGACGAGGAUCUUGGAACCGAGCAUUUUGAUGCUGAAGAAUAUAUCAAGAUUAUCAGAAAAUAUGGUUUGGAGAUUUCGCAGCCCGGUUUGGAGCCGAAUAAGAAAAUGCCUUGGCAGAUGACUAAAAGGCGAACCGACUCUGAAGUUCACAUGGGAGCAGAGGAGAAGCCAGGUUGGUGUUCAGAUCCUCAUUCGCCUCCUUGUGCAGCGUUUGUAGAAAUCAUGGCUCCUGUCUUCUCUCGGGAUGCAUGGCGUUGCGUGUGGCAUAUGAUUCAGAACGACUUGGUCCACGGAUGGGGUCUCGAUUUUGCCCUCCAAAAAUGUGUCGACCCUGCCUAUGAAAAAAUCGGUGUUGUGGAUUCUCAAUGGAUUGUUCACCAAACUAUACCUUCAUUGGGAAAUCAGGGAGAAGUAGAGAAUGGGAAAUCACCAUACGAAUCGGUGAGACUGAGGUGUCGAAGAGAAUGGAAUAUGUUCGACGCUCGUCUGAAGAAUGCCGAAAAGGCCUAUUACCGUUCACUCGGGAUUGAUCCUUCCAAUAAUAACACAGGGCAGAGACAUAAGCUACCAUGAAUGAGAGAUAUAGCACAAAACAGAACACCAAUAUUUUUUUUUUCUUUUUUCGUUAUUUAAGAGAAAGAUUAUUCAGUUGAACAAUAAUAUCAAUAGUAUUUAUGCUUUUUGGUUACAUUUAUAUAUAAGUUUCAUUCAACAAGGCACUGCUAGCAAUUCUUUUAUUCUCAUUUCUUUUCUAUAUUUUCCCCACACACAAAGAAGCUUUUUUAUUAAUAAUUUUAAGGAGGUCUUGGUCUUGUGUACUAGCCAAAAAAAACCUCGUACGUGUAUGCCCAAAACGCCCCUUAGUCGUCGAUCCCCUUGCAGUCCCACGUGGCGGGUACUCGGUUAUGGGCCCCACGGUCAAACUGCCCGUAACUGUUCUCAUAAAACUGCUUUUCUUCCUGCUGCUCGUAAAAUGUUUCGGCAUAAUUACCUCCUCCAACACCAUGCUUGUUGUAGCCAAAGUGAUUGGGCUUGUUGUAGCCAAAGUGAUUGGGCUUGCAGUGGUCCACGGG